GCAGCAGUUGCCCUAGGGAACAGCAUGCCAAUGAGAGCCAACAAUUUUGUUUGUAGAGUGGUUCUGGCCCUUCUGGGUGCUGCUAGGAACCAUAGAAAUAUUGAAAUAGCUGAGGAUGCAGCAAGGCAACUUGUUGAGCUGGUGCCACAUGAUAGUAGUUCUUUUGUAUUACUUUCUAAUAUAUCUCUACAAAGGCCAAUAUGAAAGUGCUUGUGACUUCUGUUAGGUUCCGAAGGAGAAAGGGGUAGGAAAAAAUCCCAGUUGUAGCUACAUUGAAUUGCAAGGUGUUCUUCAUGAGUUUCCUGCAGAAGCCACUUCACAUAUCCUCAAAUCAUGGAGAUAUAUUUUCUACUGAAUAGGAUGACAUGAAGGUUUGAUGUUUGCAGCUUGUGUUGCAAAUCAAAGAAAAACUUGAAAGAGAGCAUCCCACUCUGCCAGCAGGAAAAAAUGGGAGAGACGAUGAAGACAUGAUCCUUUGGUUUUUGAAGGACAGAAGGUUUUCUGUGGAAGAUGCUGUUGCAAAAUUAACAAAAGCUAUUAAAUGGCGUCAAGACUUUGGUGUGUCAGAAUUGUCAGAAGAGUCUGUGAAGAGCUUAUAUGGAACAGGCAAAGCUUAUCUGCAUGACUUCCUAGACAUUAAUGGGAGACCGGUUCUUGUGGUAGUGGCAUCCAAGCAUUUUCCUGCGGUAGGAAUUUUUCUGCAUCAUAACCAGGAUUCCCGUAAAUGCCUCUCAUAUUCAAUUCAUGUCACUUCCUCAACAGUCAUCGUUAAUGAUAUACCAGUAAUAAUUUGGUCACAGAAGCAAGAUCCAAGUGACAAUGAGAAGCUUAGUGUCUUUUUGAUAGAGAAGGCAUUGAGGAAACUUCCUUCUGGGACAGAAGAAAUACUUGUAAUCAUUGAUCUGCGAGGCUUCCGUGUGGAGAAUGCGGAUGUUCAAUUCUUAAAGUUCUUGAUUGAUGUUUUCUACUAUUACUACCCAAAGCGGCUUGGCCAAGUCCUCUUUGUGGAUGCUCCUUUUGUGUUUCUGCCAAUCUGGCAACUUGUCAAACCAUUACUGAAAUCAUAUGCCUUCCUGGUAAGAUUCUGCAACAUGGAGACUGUUAGGAAGGAAUACUUCACAGAAGAGACAGCGCCAGCAGAUUUUUGGUGAUUGAAACGCUAUUAUUAAUCUAUUACUGUAUGUAUUGCCAUGACAAUGCAUCAAUUCAAGCAAGUCAGUGUGGUGUUACAGAUUAAGCAUGGAUGAAUACUGGAGUACGAACAAUAGAAUUCGUGCAUGCAGUUAGUUUGGAUUACUAAUUUUGGAUGCUAGAAGGCCAAAAGUUGGAUGCCAUUUUCUGGGGCUUUUAAACAUGAUACCGUAUUGAUUUAGAAAUAAGAGUGCAGCAAUCUGUCCGCACGUUCAAAUUCCAGCCAA